UGGUGCGCGCCUCGUGAGCGCGCAUCCUGGACAGCCAAGUGCUUGACAAGCUCACCGCACCUGAUGGUUCUGGUCCUGCUAUACUGGACCCUCUGGAGGCUCGUGAAGGACGGACCAUGAUCCACGCGGCUGAGGUCCAGGCGCUCGGCGGGGUACGUCGCAUCAGACAGUGACAUCAACACAAUGAAUUCCUAUGGCUCGGCCCUCAAUCGCAGCCAGUCGCUGGCGAGCGGCCUGGAGAAGUCGUCGCCCACCUGGACAAAAGCUCCUCACUCCCGGAGCAGCAGCACGCUGUCGUCUCGACACUCGCGACAGCUGAUCAAAGACUGGGAAGUGGUUGAGGGCGUCCAAGUUGACGCGAACGCCGCGGGGGAACAUCCUCAGGAGAUGAACACUCCAGGCGUCUGUGAGGGUUAUCUUCUCAAGAGGAGGAAGUGGCCUCUUAAAGGCUGGCACAAGCGAUACUUUGUCCUGGAAGGAGGGAUCUUGAGAUAUUGCAAAAAUCAACAAGAUGUGUCCAUAGGAAGAGUGCAGGGCUCUCUGGACAUAAGCAGCGCUGUCAUGUCCAUCAACAAGAAGUCCAACCGGAUUGACUUGGAUGCAGGGGACAUUCUGUAUCACAUGAAGGCAAAGAGCCACGAGCUCUUUUACAUUUGGGUGACCAAGCUGCAGGCGCAUCGCUCAUACAAGAAGAGCGCCGUCCACAACAACGGACACCUGCUGACGCUCACGCCUGACGUCGCUUCCCUCAGCGGACAGCCAAAGUGUUUUCCGCAGGCCGCCGUCAACAGCAAAGUGUCGGCGUGGCUGCAGCAGAGUCCUCCUCCUGACACCUGUGCACAAGAACUCAACCGUUGCAAUUUGGACCUUUCCGAAUUGAACCGGCUGAUCCAGAGGCUGCAGCAGUUGGACGCGGGCCAGACGUUCACAAACGGGGAACUGCAGCGUAUCAUCAGCACACAGAAUCUUUCCCUGGAGAAGCCAAAGAAGCAAAAGCCAGGAAGAGUGUGGGGUCACUCUCGCACACUGUCCAGAGUGGAAGCACUGGGAAUGCCUGUUCGUUGGAGGACAAAAUCGUUAUCGUCCGGCCCUCUGAGCAGCUCCUCCCACUUCGGCGCCUCCGUCCCAUCCAUCCCGGACUACGUCUGCUCCCAGCUGUCCCUCCCCAACGCCGUCGCAUCUGCCGAGGGCAAGAAGAUCCAGCAGGACAUCUGUGCCGUGUCGCUGCGAGUCCUGUCUUCGCUCCAAACGGUCCACCACACUCUUAGCCAAGACAGGCAGAAGCUGCAGGAAGUCUGGGAAAACAACAACGCCCGCCAGCCUGACACAGAACAGGGGGCGGCAGGGAGGCGUUCGUCACACAGGCCUCCCUCGGUGGCCGAGUCGACGGCCGAGUAUUUCGACGCCAGCGACGAUUUCCUCUUCGGGAGUUCCUCCGACGUGUCGGAUGAGUCGGGACUGAGCGACGGAAGCACGUCCAACUCGGAGCCGGAGGAAGGACAUCUAUCCGCCACCCGAAAAUACCGCGCCAGCAUUUCCAGGACUCCCCACAGCGUCGCACCGAAGAGUAGCGGACGGCGAACGACGCUUCCUGCGGCGUGUCCGGACAACAGUCACGUGGGCCUCAUGGCGAUCCUCUACAACAACAUCGGCAAAGACCUGGCUCGCGUGUCCAUGCCGGCCGCGCUCAACGAGCCCGUCAACCUGCUGCAGCGACUGUGCGAGGAGCUGGAGUACAGCCAGCUGCUGGACGCCGCCAGCGCCACCGCAGACCCCUACCAGAGGAUGGUGUACAUCGCCGCCUUCGCCAUCUCGGGCUACUCCACCGCUACCUUCCGAAGCCGCUACAAGCCCUUCAACCCCGUCCUGGGCGAGACCUACGAGUGCGUGCGGGACGAUCGCGGCUUUCGCUUCAUCAGCGAGCAGGUGUGCCACCAUCCUCCCAUUUCUGCUUGCCACGCAGAAUCGGAGAACUUUUCCUUCUGGCAAGACCAGAGGUGGAAGAACAAGUUUUGGGGAAAGUCGUUGGAGAUCGUGCCGACUGGCACGGUGAACGUCACGAUUCCCAGGUACGGCGAUCACUACGAGUGGAACAAAGUGGUGACGUGCAUCCACAACGUGCUGAGUCAGCAGCGCUACCUGGAACAUUACGGAGAAGUCACCAUUCGCAACCUGAAGAGCAAGGCGUGCACCUGCAAGAUCACCUUUGUCAAGUCGCGCUACUGGGGCUCGGAGGCCAACAAGAACGAGGUCCAGGGCACCGUGCUGGACCCGAGCGGCAGCGUCAUCCACCGCUUCGGAGGUCUGUGGCACGAGGGAAUCUUCUGUGACACCCUGCCUACGCCCAAAUGCGUCUGGAAGCCAAACCCUCAACCCAAAGACCACCUGAUCUACUAUGGCUUCUCCACCUUCGCCAUGGAGCUCAACCAGCUCACAGCGGACCUCAAACCUCUGCUGCCCCCUACUGACAGUCGCCUGCGCCCUGACCAGAGGAUGCUGGAGGAGGGCCGAGUGGACGAGACGGACAGAAAGAAAGACGACAUCGAGGAGCUGCAGAGGGAGAGGAGGAAGGAGCUCGCCGAGAAAGGAGAGGAGCACGUCCCGGCUUUCUUCAAAAAAGCCAAAGACUGUUGCGGGCGCGACGUGUGGCUGACAAACGGAACUUACUGGAAACUCCGAGAGGAUCCCGGCUUGGCCAAGCUCCCGAGUGUAACGCUGUGGUGACGACGUCAACGCACACACAAAGACAACAGAGCAAAACAAAAGCACACAUGAUCUGCGGCGGACGCCCGUGACUGGAUCAUGGCCGCCCACAUCACCAGUUUUCAACUUUUCUAAAAACAUGACUGUAAACUUUGCAACCAAAGAUUGAACUCAUUUUAGAAAAAUGUACACUUUUAACAGGGAACUUUGCAUGUGUGAAAAAGGGCAUACUACGUUUUCCUUUAUGCUUUAUUUGAAGUGAAAAAAAAAUAAUAAAAAUAAACAGUACAAUAAUACA